ACGAGAUGAGACGUGGGAGAGAGGAUCACGAUCGGGCGUCCUCCGUCUAAACUCCCUUUGUAAUGCGUCACUGUGUCAUGCACGCCUGGGAAGUGAAACAGGCAUUAUUAACUUCUUUCACACAGUGAAUAAUGGACACUAGUAAAUUCAGACAGACCUGCAGUGUUCCCUUGAAACUGUAACAAACGGAAACAGGAAAAUGGGUGACGCUUGUGUUGUUUGCGGAGAGUCGGCCGAAGGAAAACCCUUAUACAAGAAACUGGGUUCGGGAGAAUACAAUGUGGAAGUGCUGACGGCCCUAAGAGCGCUACAGUUGACCAUCAUCACAGAUGCUGACAAGAACAACGGCUAUAUCUGCUGGGACUGCGACGAAGUUAUUGUAGCUGAGUAUGGAAGAUACUUAGAAAGUGAGGAAAGCAAAAAGACUGAGGAUGGCAAGCAGAGACGUACCAAAAAACAUCACAAGACAGAAACCAAAAAGAAGAAGUCUAAACCAUCAGACAUACAUAAGGGCAAGAAAAUACGUAAGCUGAAACUAUCCCUCUCAAGAAUCAACCUUGAAAGCACAGCUGUCCAAAGAUCAGUUACCAAAGCCAAGAAACAGGAACAUCAUCGAGAAAGGAAGAUAUCCAAGGUGCACCAAAGCUCUCACUGUGUCAUGUGUGACAAGAGUUUUGAAAAUGGAGACAGAGGGUACCAGCGCUUCAACCUAAUGAAAAUGGUCAAUGAUGAUUUGGAUGUUGCUGAAGUAAUGCAGCUGCUAGGUUUGGCCCGCCACAUUGCUCCAGAAAUGAAGAAAAAGCGAUUUGUAUGCAAUCCUUGCUAUUACAUCAUCCGCCGUAACUACAAGAACAAACUCCUGAAAGGCACGUCGAUUGAGGCUGUGGCUUCCGGUGGAGCAACAAACAGUAAACCCCCACAAAACCCUAUUCACCGGGCCACCACUCAGGAACAUGCAGCUGAAAUUGCCAAGUUGCUUCCACCAGCCCUGGCAGAAUGUUACAAAAUCUUAACGGGUGAUAGUGAUAUGACAGAAAAAGAAAUUUUACAUCCUGGAGACGCUAGCCAACAGCAGAAUAUUGCAGGUCACUUACUUAGUGAGAGCCAGAUAAACAGUCAGCAAUUUGAAACUGGAAGUGCGGAUGAUGAAGUGUACACAGAAAAUGAUGGAGAUGAACAUUCAGCAGGGACAGAACCAGAGGAUGAGGACAGUGGAUUUAAUGUGUCUCAGGAUAAGUUUGGAAAUUAUAUGAUCAAUAUGGAUGAGGUUUCUUCACCCAGAUUAGAUGAUGACCAAACCUCAGAAUCCAGAAGUCCUCAUCCCAGCUUGUCGAAAGAGAGCAGAGUCAUGCAUAUAACCAGAAAAAAGAAUGUGCUGUUACCAAAGCGCCGGCAGCAUCACUUGUCCGCGGAACAUGACAGUGAAGGAAGCCAGCCAGAGAGUGACUCUCAGUCCUUACCAGUGAAAGAUUUAAAUGGUACACAAAGUACCACAGGUGGUGAAGAUGGUAGCUUGACUGGUGUCUGUAACAUUUGUGGGAUAAAGUUUACAGGAAAGCCAACAACCUGGUGGUACAGUCUGAACAGUCUACUGGCAGGUUUUGAGAAUAUCACAGUGACAAUUGCAUUACGGUUGCUAGAAACAUCUUUGGCUGACACCAGUAAAGAAGCCCGCAUUGCCAGGCAGGUGUGUCCCAUGUGCUACGGAAUGGUCUCUGCAGGUUUCAGGUCUCAAGUAACUCAGAGAGUAGAGCAACAGUUACAUGUAGACCCAUCUCAAGUGAAUAUUUCCAAAAUGAAAGUGCAAACAAUUCCUAGACCAAAGUUGAAAAACAUUGAAAAGGAAGUGGUUCCUACUCAGUCUCAAAAAUAUGUGAAUGAGGACAUAAAUAAUAUUAAAAGACAAAAGAGAAAAAGCAUUGAAGAUUCCACUGAGCUCAGCAAAGCCAAGAAAACUAAAGAUGAGUUUGCAGUUGAAAGUCAGACUCCUCGUAGGGGCAAGAACGUGGUCCGUAUUAAUAAAAGAGGAAGGAAGAGAAAACCCAUUGGAAAGGUGCAAGAACAGCCAAGUAGUAAACAAGAAGCAAGCAGUGAUGGAAACAGUGAUGCUGAUGACUCCAAACCACCAAAACCUAUUGUCUUGUUAGAGGAUUUGCGUUCAGUCCUGCCAGCUGAGGCCUUUGGGGGAAAGCCAGUGUCAGCACUGAAAAUUGAAGAGAAUAUCAGUCAAAGCUCCCCAAGCCACCAUUCUGAAGAGUCUGCAACUGCUUUUCACUCAGAAUUGGGAGGUUCAUCUCCUCCUGCAUCUCACUUGAUUUUCAGUUCCAUAACUCCUAGUCAAGAAAUUGAUGCAUGUGAAUCCAUUCACCAUGCUGAUAAGGAAAUCUUUACAAAUCAGUUAAACAAGGGAAAAGGAAAUGUAGUUCCUGGGAAUGUGCGAGGAAGAUGUGUGAUCUGUGGUUGUAAUUACUAUGUUGAACAAAGCUUCUGGAAGAACAUCAAUACCAUGAUUCGACCACCAUCGCUCAUGAUAUCUCUACGAUGGGUCUGCAUCUCCCUCAAUGUGACACCGGUGGAAGUUUCAUUACGUGACCAGGAACUUGGGAAGGUUUGUAAGUACUGCUUUGGUCGUCUGGGGAAGCAGUUCGAGAGCUUCGUCAAGUCCAAAGUGGGAGAGUCGAGUGGUAUUCCGGCCAAAGACGUGAAGCUCAAAGAUUACACCAUAACGUUCAAUCCUGACACCAUGAACAUCGAAGCUGACCCAGUGAGGCCUCAGAAGAGAGAACAGGAUGAAAUGACAAAACUUCUGAAGAGAAUUCUUCAAGUAAUGAAGAGUUUCAGCAUUGAUGACCUUGUCAGCAAACCUCAACGUCAGCCAUUAGAAAUGCAAGAAUUCUCCAUAUGGAUGUUACUGGUUCUCAAUGACUUUCGAGUGCAGAUUGGAGCUGCCAUAGGAGAUUUGGCCACAUGGCUGACUCAGUUAAUGCCAAAUGAACUGUAUGACAAAGGUCUAAGACCGUGUCAGAGUAAACUGGCACAUUACCUCCUUACACUUUCCAAAUAUUCAAGUAACAUGGAUAAUGAUGAAAUGAGUAACACAAUCCCAGGAGAAAUAUUUAUUGUUACAAAUUCGCCCAAAGUUAUAGCACAUGAGAAAAUGAGCACAGUUCAAAGUGUCAGUGGCAAAAGUAAAAAGAAACCUGAUAAUGAAUUUGACAAGGUAAAUGAAUUGGGCAACAAAAGUGAAAAAUUCCUUGAUUCUGUACGUAAACAGGAGCAGCCAAGUACAACUCACGAUGGGUCAGGAAAAGCAGAGAUUCACUGGGAAGAUUUCUUAAGACAGACCUCACUGGACGAGCUCAUGGAAGGCACAGCAAAGCCCAUGUCCCUGGCUCAGUUUAGCAAUGGUGUCAUUUAUUCCUUGUGGAGAACGUCCCUCAUGAUUGGAGGUGGAUCAGAGACAUUUAGAGGCUGGCUCAUGCAAAUUGCACCUAUUUUAUUAGAUCAUGAACAGACUGAAAAGAUUAUCUUGGGUGUUAAAUCACUACAUGAUCACCUAGAGAAACAGCCAGAAGAUGUCUGUAAGCUGGGCAUUCAAGUAAUACCCUUUUUGAGACCAGGCAUGAAGCUUAGGGUGGAUGGACAAGUCAAUGAAGUUACUCCAGUGACUGAAGUUGAUGAUCCAGAUACAUUAGAAUUUAACAUUUUAGGAAGUCUUUCAACAAAUUGUAGCCGAACUAUUCCUAAUGCUAAAAGUAAUGGGAAAGCCAAAGGUAGGAAUCCAUCAGUGCCAAUAUUAGAUGAUCAAUAUUGUGAAGAAACCAGCAGUAUUAGUGAUUUGAGAGGAGCUAAUCGUCUUUCACUGCCUAGUGCUGUGAGAAGAAACCGAGUGAAAAAGAAAACACGUGGAAAUUCAGAUUUGAAAGUAGCAGCUGGUGCCACUAUCUUAAACAGUCCUGAAAAAUCAUUGCCAGAAUCAGAUCAAUCACCUAUAGAAGGAAUUCAAGUGGCAGAGGAAGGAAGUGAAAAGAAAAGAAACUCACUCAAGUCUGGCAUAACUAGUACAGUUGACUUUAAUCAUAUUACUAGUAGUUCUUUAGAGAGAGUAUCUAUGAAAAUCUCUUCACAUGUUAACAGUACAAAGUUGAAGGAAGUUCGUGAAGAUGCUGGUAAAAGUGGAGGACAGUUAUCUUUAGUAUCUGACAGUAAAAGUGAUAACAAAAUGGCUAAAGCAAAAGAUAGAAGUUCACAGUUGAACAAUACAGAAAGUGACAAAGUGAAAAGUAACACAAAAACUCAAAAUGAAAAUGAAAAAAAUACAGUUCAUGUGGAAAACAGUAAAGCUAGUCCUUACAAAGCAAAAGUGAAAAGGAAACUCAACACUGAUGAUGUUCCAGUGAAAGUAGUCAAGAGUGAUGGAAAUAGUAAAGCUUCCCUACAUGAAACAGGCAGCGUGCCAGGCACUGGGAAAUGCUUAUCAAAACCUCAUAAUUCAGAAGUUCCUAGACUCCCAGGCAAACCUGUGCAAGGCAAUAAGAGAGUAAAGUUACAACAAUUCAAGGGAAGAACAAAUGAGAAGCAGGUUGAAAAGCAUGAAAAACAGAAUUCAGGAGAUCACAAAACCAUAAGAAAUUCAGCUGAAGAGCAUUUGAAACACAAGAGUGGGGAACUCAAUCAGGGAAUUAGAAACAGAAAAAUUGAACAAGAAAGCAUUUCCAAGAAGCCUAAAUCAAUUGAUGUUCCAGAAACACAGAAACAUUUAGCCAAGAGACAAAAUCAGCCAUCCAAAUUGUCAAAAUCAGCAGCAGUCAGUAGUUCUAAAGUUUUAUCCUCUUCCGUAGUGCAGCGUUCACGAAGAUUGGCAGGUGCCCCAGCUUUGUCAGUGGAAGAGGUAGAUACAAAAGAGAAGGCCAAGAAGGCAAAGCCAACAUUUGAAGAUUUGAUGAGCUAUGACACCUGAGGGAAGUAUUGUAUUGCUUUAGAAACCAAAUUCCUCCAUACAGAUAUGUACAAAUUUAUUUUAGAAUCAGAUUCCAAGCAUAUUUUAUUUCCAUCAAAUUUGGAUGAUUGUGUAUAUACAGUUCAGGGUCUUGCCUAACUUCCCACAGGUCUUUUUCAUGGUUGGUGUGCAAGUUAGGAGUAAAGGAAAGGUAUUUCUUAGACAAAAUGAAAGGUUAUUCAAGUAUGCUAAUACAUUUAUUUAUUUUUUUGUAUCCUGUAUCUUAACUUGUAUAAUAUUCUUUUAUAUUCUAUUAGAAAAACAGUAGUUUCAUCCUACUCUUGUAGAGAAAUGAAAGAGAAUUUUGUUGAUUUAUAUACAUUUAUAGAUUUGAUAUUUGUACAUGAAAUAUUUGAUAAGCAAGACUUCAGUCAAACAAGUGGCAGGCAAACUAGCAUUGUUUAAUAUGCAUCUUCUUAUUUUAUUUAGUAAAAAUGAAAGGUUACAAUUAUAAUUUUUGUAAUAAUAUGAAUAGCUAUUGGAUUUACUAUACACACCAAACUCUAAAUGCUAAUGUCUUUUCUACUGGUGUAGUUAUAAUUAUCAUUAUUUUCUGUAGCACAUUUGUUUGUUUAAACUAUUAACCAUUACCCUUUUUUUUUUUUUUUUACUGGACAUGCAUUUUGAGAUGAAAUAAGUGUUCAAAGUAUUGCCUUACAAGAAUCAGGGUUUUAUAUUCACUCCUCUUAGUGGUUAUCAUUAUGCAGGAAAUAGUAUGGAUACCUCUAGUUCAAGAGGCAUCUUAAAAAGGCAUAUCCUCACCCUCAGUGUGCAGUACUAAAACUAUAACACCUGUCAGUCAUUUGCUUUCCCUGUGAUUAAAAACA